CCGCUCCGCACUCGGUCUUCUGCUUCGCUCGGGACAAAAUGUGUCACUCCCGCAGCUCCCUUCCCACCAUGACCGUCCUGCGAUCCCCGACCUCCGUCCCUUCCACCAGCCCGGGGCCCAGGCGGGGCUCCGGUCCCGAGAUCUUCACCUUCGACCCUCUCCCGGAGCCCGCCACGGCCCCCGCCAAGCGCCCUAGCGCCUUCCGCGGGCACCGAAAGCGCAGCCGCAGGGUCCUCUACCCGCGAGUGGUCCGGCGCCAACUGCCCGCUGAGGAUCCGAACCCUGCCAAAAGGCUCCUCUUUCUUCUGCUCACCGUCAUCUUCUGCCAGAUCCUGAUGGCUGAAGAGGGUGUGCCGGCACCUCUGGCCCCGGAGGUCGCCCCCAGCGCCGCGGCCCCCGCGCCUACCCCUGCGUCCCCGGUCCUCGAGCCCCUUAAUGUGACCUCGGAGCCCUCGGACUACUCUCUAGACCUCAGCACGUUUCUCCAGCAACACCCGGCCGCCUUUUAACCGUGACUCCCCACACUCC